ACGUGUAACGGAGGCUGGCGGUGGAGUAAAUUAAAAGCGCAUAUUUUAUCGUUAACACAGCCUGAUCGACUGGGCAAUGACUUCCACGACGACCGCUAUCGCCUUGCCAUGGGUCGUGCUCGUAUCCAUUAUGAGUUUCUUCGCUUUGGUUGGCAACAUCAUCGUCAUUCUCGUUAUCAUCCAGGAUCGUUACCUGAAGGGCCACAACUACACCUUCGCUCUCGUUUGCAACAUGGCCAUAUCAGAUUCCCUGUACGUUGGAUUAGCUGUUCCGCUUAUAAUCGCGAGUGCCUUCACACAGGGCAACUGGGAUUUGGGUAAUGCUGGCUGCAAGCUCAUGAUGUUUCUGCCCAAUUUCUGCAUCGCUUCGUCCAUCUACACCAUGGUUUUCAUUGCCCAUGACCGCCGUGUCACCAUAUUGAUCAACCAGCCGAGGGUCCACCAGAAAAGCAGGAUUUAUCUCGAUCCUCUACUUGUCUGGUUCCUAUCACUGAUCAUGGCUGCUCCUGCUUUCUACGAGUACUCGGUCUAUAAGCGCCCGUUGUUCUCUCUGGGGGAUGGGUUGGGAGGAGGCAGCAGCUCCGAAGAGGUUGAUGAUGACCUUAUAGCGAACACCACAAUAUUCUAUCUGGCUUGUGGCUCACACGACAUAGUUGAGUCAUUCGAGAAAGUAUACGCGAGUAUCCUCUUCGUAGUAGCCUACAUUCUCCCUCUACUGAUCAUCAGCAUAAACUACAUCAUCCUCGGCAGGUUCAUCAUGAAAAGGCGUUUGGUAGUUCCGAUUCGAGAAGUGGGGACCAACGACGAAAAGCCAGGCUAUCAUACUGGUGAUGACAUACCCAUGCAACUGCCCAACGCCAAAGCGGCUUCAACACCAGGACAGAGCAUACCAAUGAGUCCAUUCGAUCUCAAUGGGUUGCAGCAACCGGAGAACUGCUCAAAUGCCACAAUACCGGAUGAACAGCCUGUUCCCAAAGGCCCUGCCGAGGUCGGCAAAAAUCCGGAGACGUUCGUGAAGAAAGUAUCUGCCCGAAUCAUCAAGAUGCUGCUUGUCUUGGUGGUCACGUUUGCCAUCUCUAGGGCUCCUUACUUCAUCAUGUUCGUGCGAGAGGAGAUAACAGGAACGGAUGAUUCAGCGCGUUUCGGUGAAGCCUUUCACGUGGUGAAGCUUCUGGCUUCUGUCUUCAUGUGCCUACUCAAUCCCCUCAUCUAUGCAGUGUUCAAUAGUCGCAUCAGGAAGGGAAUCGGUCGACUCUUGUCCCCGAAUGUUCCAUACUUCAGCAGAAACACUACCACUACCAGCGGUGCCCGUUGA